UUAGAUAUCAUUUUAUGCCAUAGCCUGGAGUCCUGGUCAGGUUAAUGAGUGUUGCCAGCAACCACUAUAGGAAAUAGGAUUGGGUAAGAAAGGAAAAACAGUCUUACAAUCUUUGGGAAAGGAAGAGGAAGAACAGAUGACAACAGAAGCUGAAGAUGUACCAAUGCAUUUCUGACCUGCUAAGCAAAUUUGGGCUGGAUCUGCCUGUUCCUGUGCCCACUGACACACACGGCAGCUAUUUGGGUGGCGUCACACUCCUGUCCCUUUACUUCCCUGGCACAAGGGACUAAGGGACAAAAUAGCUCCCUGUGAGGAUGUCAGGAAAGGAGAAAGGUGUUUUCUCUGUUUCCACACCCUUUGGAUCGGGGUGGCUCGUGGACAUGGAGUGUGCAUGGACAGGGCUGGGAUGUUGUGGGUGGGUGGUACUGGGUUCUGUCUUUAGGAGACGCAAGGCGAGGAAGAGCCUGAAGCUCUGUUCAGGGGGAAGUUGUGAAACUGGAAGUGAAAGGCAUGGGGCUGGAGGGAUUUUGUGAAAUCAGAAGUGCCUGAGGUGUUGAAGGAGUGUGCUGAAAGCCUGUGGGGUGUGAAGGUGCACUGAAAGAGCUCCUGACCCCAGAGCUCCAUGCUGAGGGCAGCACAAGCAGGGUUUGGGCAUCUGGAACUGCUGAGGUGGAAGGUUUGGGUGCAAGGUUGGAUGAAGCAGUAGACAUGCCAUAAGGUGCUGGACUGUGCUGGGAGAGGCUGUGGGUCAGAGGAGGACCCACUGUGGUGGUGGGUGUGUGACAAGUAGGGAGGGACAGGAGGGAAUGAGAAGUGCUGAGGGAGGUUGUGAAACCUCCAGCAAAGAUCUUAUGGGAGAGAACUUAAAAUUUCUCUACCUGAGCAGCACUAAAACCUCACCUUCAGGGGCUGUGAAACCCGAUCAUCUCAGGGCCUCAAGUAGGACACAACACCAAUGCCAAGUCUGUAUGGACAGUUCUUGCAAGAAUGGCUAAAGAAGGGAGAAGUAGUAAAAAAAUAGUGUUUCCGUGACACUGCAGAGAGGGGAGGGAGAAGUGGUUCAGAUCUUAGUGAUCAUACCCACAUACAUUUCCCCCAUGAGUGAUUGGCUGCCUGGAGGGUCACGCAGAAAACACCAUGGCUUUUUAAACAGUGGCUGCCCAGCCCAGCACUGCAGGAUGACACAAGGACUCGAGCUGCACCCUAUGUCACACCAUCCAGGGGAAAACAUUGCUUGGCACAGGCACUGAAAUUCCCAGGAACGCAAAAAAGGUGAGAAAUUCUCAGGUCUGAAGCACCCAUUAUGAGACCCUCAACCCCACCAAUCAUCCUUCCAACCACAGCCAUCCAUGCUCCUGGGACCAACCACAGCGGGGCUGUGGGACAACCCGAGCCAUCCUACACUGUCCUCAAGUUCAUGGAGAGCUUCUGCCUGCUGAGUGCUGCCUGUGGGAUGGUGGGGAACGGCCUGGUCCUGUGGUACCUGGGCUUCCGCAUCCGCAGGAACCACUUCACCGUCUACAUCCUGAACCUGGCGGCCGCCGACUUCGGGUACCUGCUGUGCAUCGCCGUGGAGACCGUGCAGUACCUGAUGCAGUUCAACGUGGGGGUGCAGUUUGGGAUAUUCCUCUUCCUGGAUCUCUUCAUGUACGGCACGGGCCUGUACCUGCUGACGGCCAUCAGCAUUGAGCGCUGCCUGUCCGUGCUGUCCCCCAUCUGGUGCCGGACGCACCGUCCGAAGCACCUGUCUGCCGUGGUGUCCGGCCUGCUCUGGGCCCUGUCCCUGCUCCUGAACACGCUGGGAUAUGUUCUGUGCACCGUUCGCCCCUCUCCCAGGGUCUGCCAGCGCCUGCUCAUCGCCAUCGGAGCCUUGGAUUUCCUCGUCUGCGCGCCCCUCAUGCUGCUCUUCAGCCUCACCCUCUUCCUGCGGGUCAAGUGCAGCUCCCAGCCCUUCCAAACGGGCCGGCUCUUCACCGUCAUCAUGCUCACCAUCCUCCUCUUCCUCAUUUUCGCCGUGCCCCUCAGUGUCCUCAUCCUCCUGGACUUCCUGGGCCUCAAGUUCCUGUAUUCCCCAGAGAUUGGCUUUGUGCUGUCCUGCGUCAACAGCACCCUCAACCCCGUCAUUUACUUCCUGGUGGGAAGCUACAGGGAUCGGAAAUUCAGGCUUACCCUCAGGCUGGCAUUCCAGAGGGCCUUCCAAGACUCAGCAGAUGACAGAGAUGAGCGGGAAACGCGGGACACGAUAACCAUGUCCUCCUAAAGCCCUGCCUGGAAUGUUUGGCAGAACUGAGGAACUCUGAGGUACUGGGGAAGGUUCACCUCACCUGACCCUCAGUACCCUCUUUGUAGAUAUUUUAGGUCAUUAUUUUAAGUUCCCAUUCUUUUAAGACCCCCUUUGGGUUAUUUUAAGUGCCCCAUAUGGCACAGAAGCAGCUGGACCAUAGGAUUUACCUGACCUGUAUGUAGGACACAUUAAAAUUGCCUGUUUUUUUCCAAUGACUACUAAAUAAUAUUAAUUUGAUAAGGCUGAAAUGUCUUGGUGUCUGAAUUUCAUCAAAGAAAUCCUGCUCAGGAUAAAUCCUUGUUGUUCAUAAACUCAUAAAUUCUGUGUUGCUUUUCACUCAGAUCUCUGAAAAUUAAAUCGGUACCAACAAUCCUCCUGUUGGAAGCAGACAUAAAAUUCCUGGAAGGAGAAUCCAUCUAUCCCUCUUAACUUAGAACUCCCAUCCCAUGUCAGAGCACAGACACAGUCUUUUGUGGCUCACAGAGCCAUUCUGGGCUUCCUAAUGUGAGCAUUUCAAGGAGUGGAAAGAUUCACAUCCACCAAGUCUAUUUAUUCUCUGAACCAGGGAUGUUUCCACACCACAGAGCAGAAGAGGGCUUCAACUCCUUCCAGCUUGCUUUAAAAAUUUAUUCACUGAGUUUCAUCCUCACUUGUCUUGUAUUUCAAAGAAAUACAUGACUGGAGAUUAGUAUUUUAUUAUAUUAUUUCAUGUUAUUUGAAUUUCCUCCAGCCCUUGGCAGAGUCUCUGCGUUUAUCUACAUCAUGCAUUGGGGUGUAAUUUCUUCCUUUAAAAGGACACAUCAGAAUCCAUGGCUUUUAAAUCUCCUUUACCAAUAGAAAUAAAUCAAAGGAUAGUGGGAAAAAUACAGGAAACAGAACAAGGUAAAUAAAUACCUUGUUCUGUUUGAAAUGAUUUUCAACAAAGUAUUCUCUAAACCAAAUCCUUUGAAGGGCAAAACGGGAUUAUUUGUUCUAUCAGACCACCUAACAUUUAUUCUUUUAACCAAAAUUAUUAGAAAAAGUCAAUAUGGGUAAUUUUCUUUGAAGAAACUCACAAAUUAUGUCCAAAAUAUUCCCUUUUUGAUGUCUCAAAUGUUUUUAUCAUUGGGACAAACAAAACAUUUUUGUGUUGGUAAAAAGACCAGAAUUCUCUUUUUUGUUGUUGUUUUGUUUUUUCCCAAAGGGAUAAAAAUAGUAUUUAAAGUUGUUGUUGUUUUUGUUGUUACCUGAUUUAUCAGCUGAUAAAAACACAUGGAAUGUAAACUCAGAUAAAUAAUUUUUUUUUAAAUUUAAGGCACAGGAAGAACCUUCCAGUCAGUGUCUACUGAAAAAGGACAGAAAAGCCAAGUUUAUUUCACAACAGCUAAUUCCAGAUGGUUUUUGGUAUAACACUGCUGUGCUUAUGUGAACAACAUUUCCUCCAAUGACUCCAGAGGAAGCAGGACCAGCUCCCAACUAUUUAUGGGGAUUUAACACACCGGGGAUAUCCUUCUUCAUCUGUCCUGUCCAAGUGAAUUCUUUGUCAUUCUCAAUCUUUAUUUUUUACUUUCUCACGUACAUUGUUAUUUUUUCUGUUUCUUUCCCAUUCAUUCUCUUGCUUAGUUUCCUUUUUACUUGUAUU